CUUUUGAGUCGGAAAGAGGAUGUCUUCCGCAAGAAAGCUGAAUUGUAGGGUUCAUGUAAUUAAUUUUUUUGAACCGAAACCUCAAGCUAUUCGCUACUUAGCAUAUGAUUCUUUUUCAUCACGUCUUGCAGUCUCAAGGGCAGAUUCUUCGAUAGAAAUCUGGGACACUUCUAAAAUUCCCUUCUUGGAACUGACUAUUCCAGGGUCAAGUGAUACUUCAGAAAACGUUUCAGCUUUAGCAUGGAGCCAUGGUCGUCUAUUUUCUGCUGGAAUCUCUGGUUACAUUGCUGAGCAUGAUUUUACCACUCAUCUUCCAAAGUAUGAAGUACUUGUUACUUCUGGAUGUCCUAUUAGGUGUAUGAGCUUCAAUGACCUGAGAACUUGCUUAGCUAUUGGAAAUGACGAUGGGCAUGUGGUUUUGCAUGAUCUUUCUCCUAAUUACUUAGACUUCCAAAAGAAGCUAGACAAGCAAGAAGGUGGCAUCAUAUGUUUAGACUGGCACAAAGAUGGUAACAUUAUUGUUACUGGUUCAAUGGACGUUAUUAGGGUUUGGAAUGUCGAAACUGGACAUGUGGUGAAUCGUAUCAUUUUGAGUCGAGCUUCAAAAAACACACCUACUAUUGUGUGGUGUAUCGCUGUUACUAGUGAUUUUACAAUUAUAAGUGGUGAUUCUUGUGGCAAAACUUCUUUUUGGGAUGGUAAUUCAUGCACCCUUCUAUCAUCUUUCAAUGUUCAUUCCGGUGAUGUUUUAACCUUCUGUUUGAAUAAAGAAGAAGACACUCUGUACUGCAGUGGAGUAGAUUCUACUAUUGUUAAAUAUAUGAAAUGUGAAACAUUAGGAAAAUGGAUGAAAUCAAUUCAAAUUUAUGUACAUACUCAUGAUGUACAGGCCCUUCAAUUAGUUGGAGAUUAUCUUGUAUCAGGAGGUGAUGAUUGCAGUCUUGUCUUUUCAAAAUAUCCUCCCAAAACGACCAUCAAGUAUUUCCCCUUUUCUCAGAAAUCUUUUUGCGAAGUUGCUGCAAAGGCACAAUGUGCAUUAUUGAAAUAUGCAAACUAUCUCGAAGUGUGGAGAAUAGGUUCUUCAACUUCACCUAUGGGCUCUUCCACCACUCCCAUCAAUUUGUUGCAGAUAAGAACGAAAGACAGCGAAGCUGUGGUCUCCUGUUCUCUAUCAUCUGAUUGCAAAUGGCUUGCUUAUUCUAGUCAAUACAAAUUAAGAUUGUUCAAUCUUCAUUUGGAAGAAGAUCCUCUGGCUUUGAAAAUUCUGUCUAAAGUUUCACUACCCAGUAAUAUUUCAAAUACAGCAAGCAUCAUAUUAUUUUCUUUAGCUCCAACUAAGAUGAUUUUUUACUGUAAAGGAAAAACCUAUAUUCUUAAAUGUGAUACAGAAGCUGCAAAAUUAAUAGCUACACUACAUGAAGAUCCAGAUUGUGAAGAAGAGGUUCACUUGAUGGAUCUAAGUGGUAACAAUGCAUACUUAGCUUGUGGUAGCCAUAAUGGAAAAGUUGUAAUAUUUUCUCUGGAAACCAACAAAGUAAUUUGUCGUCUUCCGGUAUAUAAACAUCAACCAACCGCUUUAAAAUUUGAUUCAAGGUCCGAAAAUCUAAUUGUUGUGUAUAGUGAUCGAAAGGUAAUAGAAUAUUCAAUUGCAAGAAAUGCAUACACUUCCUGGUGUAAACAACAGAUGUUAGUGGAUUUUCAGUCAAUAUCCUUGCAUCCUGUGACAUCAAUUGCUUGCUGUUCAGAUAAAUUGAUCUUAAGUGACGAAAAUUCUUUAUAUUUAUUCGAUAAAGCAAACCAGUUGCAGCCUCUUAAGAAAAGAUUGAAAAAGUCAGAGGUGGAAGAAAUUGGUUUUAAUGAAAACACAUUUAAAAAGGUCACAAAAUAUGAACAUAUAUCAUGUAUUCACUCAUACAAUAAUGAUGUAGUACUUGUACAGAUUCCUACAGCUAUAUUAGAAUUGUUACCACCACCAAUAUGGAAGAAAAAAUAUGGAACUUAGUUUUUUAAUAAAACAUUAUUUU